AAAGCUUCGGCUGAACUUCAAAAUAUUUCACACGCUGAAGACCUUUUUAACAUUUUUUACAAAGUUGAAGUCUAAGCUUUACUUUAUCGAACAUAUAUCAGUUCCAACAGAGAGCAAAGGUACACUUCUUCAAUUGUUAAACUAUCAGGUAUCUCUGAACAGACCUAUUCACUGGAAAACAAGAAUAGUAAAGCCGGUGAAAAGUUUGGAAAAUCAAAAUCAAAAAUUUCCCACCUUGAAGUUGAACAUCAUGACUUUGGCAGACUCAUCAGAUGUCCCAGUAGAGCCUAUCAAAUCUGUAAAUGAUAAGAGGAAAUACAGAAGCAUCAAAUUGACCAAUGGCCUCACAGCUUUGUUGAUAACUGACCAAGACUCUGAUGAUGUUGAAGAUGAGAAAGAAGAGACAGUAAGUGAUGAUGGAGAGGAGGAGAGUGAAGAUGGAGAGAGUGGGGAUGAUGCAGAUGGUGAGGAUUCUGACAUGUCUGUUGAUGAGGGAGAUGAUGAAAAUGAAGGCUCAAAGAAACCUGCUAAAGAUUCCCCAUCAGAGAAGCUUUCUGCAGCUGCACUGUGUAUUGGGCAGGGCAGCUUUAGUGAACCAGAUGACAUCCCUGGUCUAGCUCAUUUCUUGGAACACAUGGUGUUCAUGGGCAGUGAGAAAUAUCCAGAUGAGAAUGAUUUUGAUAUGUUUAUCAGGAAGUAUGGUGGCUCAGACAAUGCAUUUACCGACUGUGAGAGGACAGUGUUUUACUUUGACAUACAAAGACAGCAAUUCUAUGAUGGCUUAGAUAGGUUUGCUCAAUUCUUUAUCUCGCCCCUCAUGAAGCAGGACAGUGUUGAUAGAGAAACAAAGGCUGUUGAUAGUGAGUUUGAUAUGAGUACAGCAUCAGACAAUGCCAAGAAGCAGCAGUUGAUGGGAACGACUGCAGCCCCUGGGCAUCCCAUGGGAAAAUUCAUGUGGGGUAACACUAAAAGCCUAAAGGAAGAUCCAGCAGCUAAUAACAUAGACAUCUAUGAGAGGCUUCAAACUUUCCACAAGAACAUGUACUCCUCCCACUAUAUGACUCUCGCAGUACAAUCUAGACAUUCCUUGGAUACUUUGGAGAAAUGGGUGAGAGAAAUAUUUGCUCCUGUUACUCAUAAUGGAAAAGACAAACCAUCAUUCGCAAAUCUGGAAUCUCCCUUUAACAAUGAUCGGUUCUACAAGAUGUAUAAAUGGGUUCCAAUAAAGAAUGUGCACCAAAUAGAAGUCACAUGGGUUCUUCCCUGCCAGCUGCAGUACUAUAGAACCAAACCACUGCACUAUAUCGGCUGGCUAACUGGACACGAGGGCAAGGGUAGCAUCCUAUCUUACCUCAGGAAGAAAUUAUGGGCUUUGAAGCUUGACAGUGGUAAUGGAGAGACAGGGUUUGAACACAACACUACCAUGGCGUCCUUCUCUAUAAAUGUAACAUUGACUGAUGAGGGCCUGGACCAUUAUCAGGAGGUUUUGAGUGUUUUGUUUGAGUACAUACAGAUGUUGAGAAAUGAGGGACCUUGUGAGAGAAUAUGGAGUGAAAUCAAAACCAUUGAAGACAACAGUUUCAGGUGGCAAGAACAGAGGGAACCAAUGGAUUAUGUAGAGAAGUUAUGUGAGAACAUGCAGCUAUUCCCUCCAGAACACUACCUCACCGGAGAAGACCUUUUAAUGGACUAUGACAGCAAGGUGAUAGCAGAAUGUUUGAAUUGUUUAGUUCCAUCCAAGGCAAACAUAAUGUUAGUAUCCAAGAGAUUUGAAGAGUCAGGGGAAUGUACAGAGAAAGAAAAGUGGUACCAGACACCUUAUAAUGCAGUCAAUAUACCAGAUGAUUGGAUAUCACAAUGGGCAGAUAUACAGCCUCGGCCAGAAUUCCACCUGCCUGCAGCCAAUGAGUAUAUAGCAUCUGAUUUUAGUCUCAAGGAAGUGGAAGAAAAGUUGAAUACAGAGUACCCAACUGCAAUAGUUGACACUCCUCAGGGAAAAUUAUGGUAUAAGAAGGACUCCAAGUUCAAAGUUCCCAAAGCAUACAUCCAUGUUCACCUUAUCAGCCCUGUAGUGAAUAAAACUGCCCUAGAUGCCGUCCUCCUAGAUCUCUUUAUCCUAAUACUAGAGCAGAAUUUGGCUGAGGUGGCCUAUGCUGCUGAUGUUGCUGAACUCAGUUACUCCUUCAAACCAACUGAUAUAGGACUUGUGGUGAAAGUCAGUGGAUUUAAUCACAAAUUACCAAAACUGUUUGAGACAAUCAUAGACUACCUCAGUGGCUUCAAAGUGGACCAGGAUGUCUUUGGUGCUGUCAAAGAGACACUCACAAGAACCUACUUCAAUCAAAUGAUAAAACCAUCUAAACUUAAUAGAGAAGUCCGAAUUGAGAUUCUGAUGCAAUCUUAUUGGACGGUUGUGAGCAGACGACAAAUGAUUGAUGAUGUCACACUGCCAAUGUUGCUAGGGUGGGUUGAGCAGUUCAAAUCCAGAUUAAUGGUUGAAACUUACUUCCAUGGCAACCUGCUUCCUCAGGAGUGUAAAGAUAUGUAUGGUUAUGUCUUAGAGAAAGUGAAGUGCAGAGUUCUACCUGGGUAUGCCCUAGCUGAUCGACGUGUGGUGGAGCUGCCCACUAAGGAUAGCUAUGUCCGUGUUAAGACAUUCAAUGAAGGUGACUGUAACACUGGGAUCACCAACUACUACCAGACAGGGCCUGGAACACUACAUAUGGCUGUCGUGAAUGAACUGUUGAAUAUGCAAAUGGAGGAGCCAUGUUUUGACAUAUUGCGCACAAGAGAGCAGCUUGGGUAUGGUGUGUUCUCUUACCAUAGAGAUACAUGUGGCAUCUUAGGCCUUUCAGUGACAGUGCAGAGCCAGACAUCCACUGCCAGUAUGAGUGAGCUAAAUGACCACAUAGAGAACUUUGUGAAGGAGUUUGGCAAAAUGGUAGCUGAUACGACACAGGAGCUGUUUGACACCCUUAUUGACACUCUGGUGAAACUGAAGAGAUGUGAGGACAGCAACAUGGGAGAGGAAGUGGACAGACAUUGGAACCAGAUCCUUACGCAACUCUACUUCUUUGACAGAAUUCCUAAAGAGAUCACCGAGAUUGGUACACUGAAGCUAGAUGAGUACAAGGCAUGGUAUAAGACAGUCAUGAUGGCUAAUGACAACAGGAGAAAACUCAGUGUACAGAUAUCUGCGUAUGAUAAAACACCCAAUGAAGAAUCCGGUGACAAGGACACUCAGAAAUUCAAAGAUAAACCUACCUCAGUAACUAGCUCGGGGGAUACAUCAUCUGUUAUAUCGAAGGAAUGGACUCUCAGCUACGAAUCUGUAUCUGACAUUCUAAGCCAAAGUGGGGGUAGGGCUAUAGGCAUUGAUGACAUUCAGAAAUAUAAAGAUAACCUCAAUAUUCUACCAGUUUCCAGAAUUGUAUCUCAGGAGAAAUCUUAGAUCUGACAUCUAUUAUUUUCUUCCUUAAACACAAAAUAUUUAUACAUGUUUUGAGGACAAAUUCAAUUUAUUUAAUGCAUGUAUUAUAUAAGGAUAACAUACAUUUAUAUAUGUACAAAUCAUACAAUUUUGAAGAUAUUCCCAAAUAUUCCAAAAACUGUCAACAUAUGUGUCCUUUUUGGCACUUGCUCUCUGAUUUUUAGUAGAAAAUAAACCCGCAUUUUUACAUAAGUUUUUGUAAACAGUUUGUUCAAUUAUGGACAUCUCAAUGACAAGAUCUUUUUCUCCAUCAAUAGGAGGAAAUAAUAAAUCGACCAUUCAAAGCUAAAAUAAGAGAUAGGGGUGACAUAAUUGCAAGCAAGGUGCACAAAUAUGCAACCAAAUGUAUAUGUAUGUUUAUUGUUUAUGUAUAUCACUUCUUUUUUUUUAUUACAUUGAUAAUAUAGAACACCUUUUUCAAUGCUGUAAACCUUUUUAAGAAAAUAAGGAUUUAGUAGAAGUAAAAUAAUUUCACAUAUUGCACACAGAUGCCAGCAUCUACAAUAUGUACAAUGCAUUUCUAUAAAAAAUGCAUUCCUAUAUACAAUUCUUUGUGAUAAAUGCAUUAAUUAGAAUAAUCGGGAAUUGUACAUAAGGUACUUGAAGGUCAUUUGGAGCUUGUCUAGACCGGAUGCCUCUAAUAGGCAGUUGUAAUUGCCUAUUGUGAGAAGUACAGUAUCUUGACUGUCCAAUAAGAAUGGUUCUCUAUUCAAUAUUAAUGUAUUUAGCAAUCAUAUUUAGCUGUU